GGCAAAUUUCUAUCUGACGAGAAAGCAAGACAAGCGUUGUUUAUUUUGGUUGCUUAGAGUGCAGACGUGAUUGAAUCACCUCGAGCUAAUGACUUUGUGAGUCGUUGCAGGCUGGAAAUAAGUUUGUCAACAUAGUUCACCUUUCGAGGGAUUUAGCUCCUUCCUGUUGGAUUGUCGUGUCUUUCAACAGUGUCAAACGGUCUCAUCUAAAGAGAAAAACGCGUUCAAACUGUGCCAUCAGCUUGGAUUCCCACUGGCUUUCGCAUCGGUGCAUUGUUGGUUUAGUUACUAAACUCCCAUGGGUGGUUUCUUUGUGUUUUCACGCAUGGAAAAUUUAUAUAACGAGUUUAUUUAAAACGAUUUCGGUCUCGUAAGCGACGAAGCGCAACGCGACACAAAGGGCAAUCGGUAUUUUUUGCGGUGUUGCAUGACCGCCACAUGAAAGGAAUACAGCGUUGACAUUUAUCAAAGGAUAGUUCUUAAAAGCCAAUCAGACAGGACAUUGCCGAUAACAUCUGGUUUACCUAUCGGUGAUUGUGACAACGAGAAAGGUUGGCGUAAAAUUCCAGCGACAAAGAAAGCAAAGCCGUCUUGUGAAUGUCACAAGGAAAUUCAACUCCUCCAGAAAGUAUUACUUUUGAAGCUUAAGCUUAAAGCUUAAGCCACCGUUUUUUAAAGGCUGAUGACAGAGACUGCAACCCGUUAAAUUUGCGUAAGCUGUGGCUUUUUAGGGCUUCUAACCACCGAAUCCAUUCGUUGAAGAGACCAUUGCAUUGGAAUAUUUUUGGACUUCUUUCACAUUUUCAGCGGAAAAUGGCUGCGGACGAUUUUGAAUUCAAUAUUCAGGGUCUUCGAUAUGACAGAGAGAGACUUUCAGAGUUGGUUUUUGAGCCUCUACAAGAAAUCAAAGAUUUUGUGGCUCGUAAACUGAGGUUGGAUGAAGUAGAUAACAUCGUUGGAUUUCUCCGGAAUGUUAUUCGAAGUGACACGUUGAAGACCGUGACAGACGGUGAGGCCUUAAUAGCUGUCCUGAAUUUAUAUUACGGGGAAGACAAUUUAAGAGUUCUACAGCGACUCUUAAAGAAGAUAAAUUGUUAUGACCUCCUUGAAGUUUUGAAUGAAUGGGAAGCUAGUAACAAUCCUGUGGAUCCACGAGUUUUUCAAGCUUGUGGAUAUUUUCCUCUGUGGAUUCGGAUCAAGAAUCAUUUUACUUGGUUCACAGAGAACAAGAAGGCAAUUUUACAGACUCUAAAAAGACUUUUCCGAGUUCCAGAGAUUGUCUCUUGUGAUCCUGACUAUGAAACAGGUAUAUUCAUGGGAGUUUCAUUUGGUAGAACAGAUUUACUGGUCUAUGUGUUGGUUCCUUUGUGCACACGCAGACACGUCCGCACAUCUUUGGGAAGGAAUGACGUCUGUCUUGCUCUGGAGCAGUUAAGCAUAAGUGGUGUUUACUUUGGUAGGAAAUCUGGAAAAAAUGGUUAUGGCGAUGACCUGUCAAUCACAAGCUUCUCAUCUGUUAAUGAGUCUAUGCCGGGUGACUUUGUCGAGCAAGCUGAAGAUGGGCAAAGUUUGCGUUCUUUCAAAGAGCCCACUGAAGCCAAGAAGCAUGCUCAUUACAAUGAUACAGAUAAGUUACAAAAUCAACAAUUUUUAUACAACCCAGAAUUAUAUGCAGCACAAAGUGAAAAUGGCAAAAGACAAGUGUCUGUUAUGGACUUUUCUGUAGAGGACAACAAUUAUAACAAUGACAAAGGAUGGCAGUCUCAAAGCUUAAUUCAAACAUCAUCUAUUGGAAUGGCAGAAGCUGAGGUUGGAGAGGGUAGCUCUUCAACAAAGCAGAAUUUAAUUCCAUUGGAAAGGUCAACUUCUAAACCUGAUGGCAAAAAACUGUAUACCUCAACUGCCACAUUUCAAGUCAACAUGGGGAACAAAAGUGCAAACUCCAAGGAGCAACCAGUGAGAUUUGUAAAUGAUGAAAUUUAUAAACCUGUGGGAAUGACAUCCUUAAAUAUGAGCCAGCCAGGUUUUGACACCAAGGAGCGAUCAGCAAAGGGAAGCCACUCACCAUCUAGGCAAGCAGAGAAUGGCUAUUCUUCAUGGUAUGAGGAUACUGCUGCAGAAGAUUACUACAAAACAAUGAUUCCUGAACCAGAACCUGGAAACACACAGCAGCUGUAUCUACAAGAGGAUUUUUAUCAACACAGGAUGGCACUGGAGGAAGAGACAGCCACUCCAAGACAUGACUCUGCUAGGAACAUGUAUGGUGGUGUUUGCACUCCAUUAUAUACUCCCCCGCUGAGUUUCCGUGACCCAACUCAAACAGGAUGCAAGCUAGUCAUGGUGAAAACUGGACUUGUUGACACACCCAAACAACAGCCAUUCAUUGUGUCCACAGACUAUCACAGUGUAGCCCAGCAUGGCUGGGAAAGUCCAAGUAUGGAAUCAAACAAGUUAAGGCAGUCUCCCAAAACAUUGGCCAUGCCAAGUGAUAGCUUUGAGAGUAAAUCAGUGGAUUAUCGUUUUGAUGAAUACAGCCAACACAACCCAGACAGACCAGAUAGAUCUCUGAAUGGGUACCAACAGCAACACUUGACCUUCACAAAGUCAGAGAGUGAAAUUUUAUCAGAUUAUGCAGACAGUGUGUUUACUGAUCAUGAUGACACAGGUAGAAGAUUUGCCGAAGUUCCACCACCAUACAGAGCACCACCAGACUACAAGAAAACUGGAAGGAGGUCAGAGGGAAAAUUCAGUGAUGACUCUGUCAGUACAGAUACUGGUACUUUUGAUCAUUGUUACAAAAGUCAUCUCUUGUCGGCUGCAAGCGUAAGCUCAAUCUACAAAGAAAAAGAGAUGUUUCUUAGCCGAGAAGAAUUACAAAUGAGCAUACGUGGAGCUGAGGAUAAAGAAAUGGAAAAACAGAUGGAGCUCUGCAAAGAUCUCAUGAUCGCCGCCAAAGCAGGUGACGAGGAGGAGGUCAGGAGACUUAUUGAAGAAGGAGUUGACGUGAAUCAUCAAAAUGAGUUUGGUCAAUCUGCUAUGAUGGUUGCCAGCUGGGAGGGGCAUCUUGGCAUUGUUGAAGCUUUAAUAAGUGCUGAAGCAGAUACUAAUCUUCAGGAUGGGUUUGGCAAAUCAGCUUUACACGAGGCAGCAGUGAGUGGUCAGCAUGCCAUUGUCCAUCGUCUUAUUCCUGGCGGAGCUAACGUCAAUUUAGCUGAUGAGGAGCACCGGACUCCUCUUCAUUACGCAGCUAUGAGAGGAAAGAGAAGAAUAGUAGAGGUGUUGUUGCUGUUUGGUGCGAAUGUGUCGGUUCUUACAAAGAACGGUGAAUCUGCAAUUGAACUGGCCCACUGGUACCGCUAUGACGAUAUUGUGACUCUAUUGAUGUCCCAUGGUGAUAAAAAAACCCGCAAAGAGAUGGAGAGUCAAAUACGAAAACAGAAGUUACGUCAGAUUAGCUCUGCAGCUUCUUUGCCAAACUUGUCUAAAGCAACUUCGGUGAAAGAGCUCUCGCGAAGCAGAAGCCGACCAGAUUUACGCAAAAAGAAAUCUGUUUGUUCCAUUCAGUGAUCUCAUGUGUCAGGUAGACAGUGAUAGAUAGGUAGAAAAAAUGUGUUAUUUUUGUUAAGUUUCUGUUUAUUGAACUGGUUCUGUUGAGGCAAUGUAAUGAUUACAUUGGUGAGUGAUUUGAAAAAUUAAGGGUUUUCCGUCACAUUUGAAAGACUUAAUUCAUAUCAGAAAUUCGCAUUGCAAAAAAAUUGUCUUGGCACGUUGUUAGGUCUAUUUUGGGGUUUACAUUCUACUCAGAGACGUAUUUCGGUUACACGGGUCAAUUUGAACGUACUGAUAAAGACUAAUGCUUUAUGCUAGCAGAGAUAUUUAAAAGUGCAAUCUGUAGGAAGUCAGAGCUUCAACACUGUGUUGCAGUGCUUAUCUUAUCUUAGGGGUUACUUACGCAGUUGAUCUGCACUAUUUUGAAACCUCUUUUUCAUACUCGUUCAUAUUGAUCUGCACCUCAAGUGGUCUUAGGGCUAGAGACAUUUUUAGUGUUCUUUAGCUAAAUUGUUACCCCGGGAUUGUUACUUUUGGCCAAUUGUGAAGAACCUUGUUUAUGGUGCAAGUCACUCCUGCUUACAUGUACGUACUUUCUUUCGUCUACAUUGAAAUGAUCCAUACUUUGACCAAUCUGUAGAUGAACUCAAAAGAAAGACUGGGUAGUUACUGUUAUUCUUAUUUUCUCUAUUGAUCAAUGAUAAUUUAUAGAACUCGUGGAUUGCUAAAGUUUUAUAAGAACAAUUCCAAUUGAUACGAUUGUAGUUCAUGUGAAUGAAAGGCCCUCUGUUACGACCCAUUUUUUAUGCUUCGCUGGGGGAGAAAACUUCGUUAUACACUAGCUUUUUUAGAAGAAAGGAUCGAACCUUUGUAAAACGUUAGAUUUAUAUGAGUGCCUUGAUAUUUUGUAGGCUUUUUAUAAAUUGAAAGUAGCCUCUCUUAACUAAAUAACAGGUGUACCAAAAUUAAUUAUUGUAUAGAAAUUUAAUAGGUUUAUAAGUAAUGAUUUUAAUACUCCCUUUUGAGAAACAAGUAUCUAAUAUAAGGUUUGUAAUUAUUUCUGGCUGGUUGAAAUAUUUUGUCGUGUUGUAAAACUCUUGAAGGAAAUUAUAUCUGCUUUAGCCGUC